UCAGGGUAACAUUUUGUGCUAUUAUUACUGUAUCUCCUGGUAAAGACUAAACAGUAUAAUGUAACCUCGAGUUGCAUGUUCUUAGACGAGAAUACUAUGCUUGAAAUUUGGCUUAAUACUGGCUUAAACUUAACCAUCUUUCGAGGAACCGGGCCCUGACCAAUAUCCGGCCAAUUUUCCCUCAUGCUUGGACAAUAAAGUGUAUAAAUACAAGACCGAUAACAGACGUUGAUAACGUACAUUUGGCGUUGAUAGUAAAAGGGAAUGUAGAUAGUACUAGACCACAAAUAUAUGAGUCCCUGUUGGCAACGUGACCAGAAUGGGUCGUUUGCAGUUGAUGGAUCAGAGUACUUACAACAAUUACCCUAUUACAUGGUCGACGGAAUCGGCUCCCCCACUGGACAGUUAUAGGACUAUCUCAAAUAACUACUAGGUAUAUUUAUGUCAAUAAUCCAAAUGCUUGCAAGUUAAUGAUUUCCAAUUCUACAGUUAUAGAAGUCAUUGAUCUGGACAACUACGAAAUCCAUCUUCCCGACGAAAGUCUUGGAUACGUGUCUUUGUCGGAUAUUCCUCCACUUUACGUUGGCCUUACUUCGUGCUUCUGGUUGAACACGGUGCAUAGUGGUUUUGUUAUUGAGUACAAAGUUGUAUCAGAACAAAACGAAUCAACUGUUCUUGGAUUCUACUAUGACAAAAGCACCUUUAGAAUUCAUUUUUACAAGAUAAUAAGGUAAAUUGAUGCUUAUGGUUAAGUAAAGUUAAUUCAGGCAAAAUCGAAAGGCAAAGGUCUGGAGAAAGGGGUAAGCUGCUCAUAUGUUUUUCCCUACUUCUCUUUGUUCUCUUGUUACUUUCUGUGCCAUGCAAGGCGGCAAGAUCAUUAUACAGAAGGAUUGUCUUUCAUUAUAAUAGAAGCUUCAGGUUUCAAUUUUUUUCCAUGAACUCAUUAGGACUGCAAAAAAUUGAAAGCUAUUUGGUGGCCAGCACUAAAAUUUUUACGUAUUUCUGUGGAGUUGGUAGGAUUUUCUGAGUCUGUUGUCACUAAAAUUAGAAAUCCUUACUUAAGACCUACCUAAGACCUACAUUAAAAUUUGUAAGCAAUAAACUGUACAAUGUUUGAUAUUGCCUCGUGCACAGAGAAAUCGAACUGAAUGUGGCUGAUGGAUCGUGGCACCACCUGUGUGUGACAUGGGAACGAAAAAAUAGGCUGCUAAGUGUUUAUAAGAAUGGUCAAAGAAAAUACCUGUCCAACGAAUAUAAAGCAGGCGCACGGAACAGGUGGAUUGAAGGUACUCUGCUAUUACUUAAGUGGUAUACUAUUUACUCAUUAUACAGUAUAACCUCUACCACCCAGCUCUCCACAAUGGUCACUUUUUGGUGUUCCAGAGGAUACGUUCACUCUUCACUCUUGUUCUAUUGUUUUAAACUCCAUAUGACGUACCUCUCACAUUUCCUAAGGUUUAACUGUAUUGUACACUUACAGCUUCUAAGCUUGGGAUUUCCCUGAGUUAAAUUUUUUGGGGUUUUUUUAGCACAAAGAUUGAUUCCCCCCGAAUGUGCUCCAUCCUUCUGCAGCAUUUUUCGCUGAAUAGGUUGAAUCCUCAGCAUCAACUGACGAAUCUUACACUAAACUAUACUACUCUUGUCGAGUUAGCAAGAGAUCCGAGUAACCUACGGAGGGAAGCGAUUCUGAUGCCAAUGAGUUCGUUUUUCUUACAAGUCUUACAAUUCUACCCUCAAUAAAUCCUUUAUCAAAGUUGUAUGAAUAAAACUAGAUUAUCCACAGUAAGUAAUCACGGGGCGUGAAAGUGUAAAAAAACAAUAAUAUGGCUUUGAGGCUACAUAGAAUGUAUUGCAGCACCUCACCCUAAUAUGGCGUAUGCUGCUAUGCCUGUUUUUUUGUAUUUUUCUCUUACAUCUUUUUGUUUUGCCGUUUGUCCUUUGUAACAAUCCUGAUAAAUACAUCUACGUUAUUUUGGAAUAUAUUGACAGUAAUCAAAUAAGUACACAAAACACUGUUUAUAUCUUAUUUUUUGUUUCGUUCUUGCCACCCCCGAUAACUUUAAUGUUAUUUUAUUUCUCUCUAAUGUUUGCUUUAUAAAAUGGUCAACAGUUUUUACUUUGCUCAUAAACAAUGAAUCUUUUUUAGGCGGAGGAACCAUGACAAUCGGUUUUAGAUCACCCUACCAAAACAUAUCAACCGUGCUGGGCAAACUGAGCGGGUUCAAUCUAUGGAGCUACCCGAUCAAAGCAGAAGAAAUACUACGCAUGUCACAAGGAUGUGGUAACGAAGCAGGAGAUGUGAAGGCAUGGGAAACAGUUCGCAAAGGAUUGACAAAAGAAGUGGAAGUAAAGCGGCAUAGAUCAUGCAGACAUAGAAAAGGUAAGUUUUAUCUCACAAGUUUAAUACCACCGGACAGGCAACAAGAUUCGGUACGAUCAGGGAAAAGAAAGUUCGCACUUACUGCAGUUUUUAAGCGUGUCGUAUCUAAGCUUUGAAUAGUCUCCCCGCAGACGUCCUUUGGGGUUCGUUUGUCACGCAUUCAUCGUUACAAACGAACCCCAAAGGAUGUCUGCGGGGAGGCUAAGCUUUGAACAAAGAACGUGGAACUCGGUGACACAUUAGAUGUGUGCCUCCGCUGACGUUAGAGGAGUGCUUUCCGAUAACAGCUAAGUUUGUUCUCCUAUCUCAAUUCUCCUUGAUACGACUUUUCUAUUUAAGAUUGCAAGGCUGAAACAACCGCCAACGUUAGCUAUUUUGGGGUAGGCGCAGAAACAACUUCAUUACAAGUUUAGUAUCUUUUGUCAGUAGGUUCCUGCUUUUGUUCCAUUUCGUACAUAACUAUUUUGAGAGAAGCAGGUUAGUUUGAAUUGACCUCAACUCAAGUUAAACGAGCCACUUAAUGAUAAAAAUAGGUGUCUAUAGUAAUCGGUCCCUGGUGCCUCUUACUAUUCGUUACCGGACCUGUGUUACCAUUGUUUUUCCUCAUGUUCAACAGCUGAUCGAAUUGUGUUAGACACCAACACUACACUCCUUAACCAAACAGCUAUCCUUGUGAGCCAGAAGUACAACAGGUCGCGUGAUUGGCAUACAAAGUGCUUAAAAUUUCGUUACAUGCUGAGAGGGCCUGGAAGGAAGAGUUUAACAAUUUACCAACAGACUGGUAACUAUCGAGAAGUCCCUAUCUGGAUUUGGAAAACUAGGACUGGUAACAACUGGGUAUACGGCCAAGUCCCUUUAAGCGCUGUAUCAGCGUUUCAGGUAAAACAUAAAGAGAGAUACCCCCAAAUACUCAACUACGCAUUGCUACUUCGCAUAAAUUGGUGUCCUACCCGCCAGACUCUAGAGUAGCUUAUUGAGACUGGACACUAACGAGCGAAAUCGUUGGUGUAGUUUAUUACAGUAAAUUUCUUUUGACCUUAAAUUGUAAAUAUCUUAUUAUCCAAAUCUCUCAUGAGCUUUUCAGGGACGCUGAUUUUGGGACUUCUGCCAGAUUGCUUGUGGCGCAAUUUACGAUUAAUAAAGUUAUGACUUAUUAAGGCUCCCUACCACAACAGGGACUAAGUACCCUACACUCUUAAAAAAAUGGGUGUGGGCAUUGGUUUGAACCAGUGGCCUCCUGCUAAGAAAAUCUGUGGUUAUUCAAUUGAGUUAACUAACCUAGUGACGGUGGCUUUUAUACAUCAUGGGGAAAAAUUUGCAAAACAAAAAAGAGGCACUGGGCAAUUACUCUAACCAAAGCAGUCUCAGAAACAUUUGAAUUCCCCGCUUCUGAUUGGCAGCCAGAAGUAAACAGAAUUGAACUUUAACAAAAUUGGGUGGCGGUGUUAGGUAACCAGUGGAUAUAAGUGUGCACUGUUUAAUAACCAAACUUGUGUAAUAGUGUUUGGUGAGAGAAAGCGGUACCAGUGCUAAAGCAAUCUUAUUAAUAGGUCUUCAUAAAAGGUAAAGUUGAGAAGAAGGAAGCCUUGGUGGCGUUGUCAGGACUGUACGUUGAGGAGGACCCGGGGAUUCAUUGCCAACACCUACCGCAGUCAGCAAAACAAGGUAUACUGUCAUACGUCACAUGUUAAAUAAAACAGUUUUUAACCCUACAGCAGCAUAAAUCAGGGGGAUAAAAGUAUCACUUAGCCUGACAUUCUGAACAAGGAGAAGACCUUAACAGCUUUCGCUACGAGACAUCCGUUUUAACACGGAAGCAAAGUUAAGGUGGACAAACUCCAAAUGGCGUAUAGUUUUUGGCGUUUCAGGCUAAUUCGAUUCGACAUCCUUUUUACAUAUUUAUAUGUACGCUGUGCGUCUGUCGCUUCCGCAUUUUCAGGUGUACAUUUAACUUUUUCCUUAUAAACAUGGUAAGGUAACCCUCUGAGGGGUUAGGGCAAGUCUCUGUUGCUACUAUAAAUAGUAAGACUGUAACCUAGCUAGAACAAAGUGCCACAUUGACGGAAAGCACCAAAACUAGCCUGAGUAUCAGGCCUUCCUAAGGGGAUAGGGGAGAGGAGAUUUUAGAUGGGGGGGGGGGGGGAGGGGGGAGAAGAGAAAGGAAGCAACACAAUCACCGGAGCUCGGCCAGACCGUAAGGUGACAUUUAUUUUAGGCGAGCUUUUUGACACGUGAAGCUCACAACCCAAUGACCGGAAGUGUUUUUGAUUGGAUGGUAUCGAAUCAUGCUGUGUGGGGGUGGAAGGCUCAGGUAAAAGCAUCUGUGUCAGGCGUUUCUCUACUUCAGCUCUCUCCCUUUUUCGCUUCCAUCUUUCCUCUUUUACCCCAGAAACGCCUGAUACUUAGGCUAACCCAAAACAGCCCCUUCCGGCCACAACCACAACCAACAGCUCAGUUUUGGUGAGCAAUGCAAGACCUGCCAGACGUCGGAUGAGGUUCUCUUGUGCCAGCGGCCAGCAUGUAAUCUUAGGCAGUAGUGGCGACACAACUAACGCAUACCCCUGGCUACUGAAAGGAUGUGUAAUCAAGCAAGGAAACUUCUGCCAUAACCUAAGGCCUUGCGAGGCAUUUAACUCAGCCUGGGUUUCGUCACGAGUAAAAGUAUUUUUAAAUACUUUAAAAAAUCAGUUUCAUUUCUAUUGCAGCCUGCAGCGAAACCCUAUUCAAUACCUCAGGAAAUUUCUUCUCCCCGUUCUUUCCUGGAUUUUACUUUGAUGACAGCUACUGCACUUGGCACAUAACUGUUCCAGAACAAAACAUAAUUCGCUUGACCUUUCAAGAAUUUCGUCUGAAUGAUCAUCCCACGUGUGAGGACUGCUUUGUUGAGAUUUUUGACGGAAGUGACGACACUGCACCCUCUAUAGGCAGGUUCUGCGGUUAUAGCUACCCUCCGAUACUUUCAUCGUCGUCGAAUCACUUCUCUGUUGUUCUUCGGUGUCAACGGAAACCCUUCAUAGCAAGAUUCAAGGCCUUUUAUUUCUCAGUUGUUGGUACGUUUCAGUUUGAUUAAUUGCUUGGUAACUACAAAUUUUGCGACACUACUUGUUACUUAUUUCUCAUGAAAUAUAAGUUUGAAUUAGCUAUGAUAUUAUACGGCGAAUAUAAAAGCCAGUCACAAUUAUGACUUUAGCGUUAAUAAAUCUCUGCAAGUGUCCGUGUAAUAUAAAAAGAGACUUUCUAAAGUAAUCAAAUGAUUUUUUUGUGGUCUUCGCAGAUUGACCUGGUAACACUAUGUAAGGGGAACAACACAGACUAAGAAUACUCUUUCUUCUUCUUAAGUUCGUUUGAAUGGUCAGUGUCCAUAGUAGUAAAUGACAAUAAUGAUGUCCAGUAGAGUCGAAGUUCUAAUAAAGACUUACCUGCUUUGAUUUUUGUCUCAGCUUAUGACGAUAAUGGACUUUCGCGUUUACGUCAGCAAGGUAAAUUCAUCAUCAUUAUCAUUACUCGGCUGUCGUUGGGAUCGAUGCUACUGUCUUGUACUUAAUGCUACUCCAGAAAGGGGCUAUCGUAUUUUGCAAUAGCCCGCUUUCCUUAUUUCCUGUGUUAAUUCUAUUAAUUAUAAACUGUCAUUCAUAUUCUUCGAAAAAAAUAACUUCCACUGUAAUUUUAAGGCAGGCGUCGCUAUACCUCUUAUGUUUGUAAAAUCAAUAUUUCACUGCGAAACAGUAUUUCAUCGCAUAUCGACUCUGACAGAGUUGAUAUUGUAAUAAAACACAAACCUGAAGUCUUAAAUUACUUUAAAAGGUGACAUUAGUGGUAUUGUCCUCUUUUGCACAGGAAUCGUAUCAACGUGCGUGUAUUAGUAGUAUAGGGCUCACCAGCAUCAUUUCUUGCGGGGAAAUACAUUAACGCCGAUGACGUCAUAGCCUUUUGUCUCUAACUCAUGCAAGUAAUGCGGGGGAAUCUCAUUGCGAUACGGUCGUGUGCUAUUUUGAAGUGGUUUAGCUUGUUUGACAAGUUUAAGUUGGUCGACGUCAUAGUCUCAUGUCUUAUAUCCUUGUUUUACCAAGCCAAUAGAAACAAUAGACCCACCUAGGGAAUAAGAGCCAACUAGCCCGACUCAGCCCGACUCAGCCCGACUCAGCCCGACCACUGAGUAUUAACGUAAUCAAGCAAUUUCUAUUUCCUUCCUAUUUCAUUGUCCAAAAAAUUGUUCCACUUCCGGAUCAGUGAUUCUCAGGUGCCCGUAUUUAUAAGUUUGAGAAUUCGUGGUUGUUCGUGUUUUCAGGGUGCCCAUCGAGUUGCAAAUGUGACGAAUUUGGUGAAGGUCAAAGUACAGGCAAGCGAAUAAUGGUGACAGGAGAAGAUUUGCUGACUGUGCCGACUGAUCUUCCCUCCAACACUGGAGCAGUGUAAGUUUACAACAAUUGAGAAUUGCCACGACUGUAAAGGACAGUGUCCGAUAUCGAGUAUUUAAGUAACGGCUAAAUGGAAACCUAUGACUUAAAUGAUAAUUUUAAUCUCACUGUCGCUCGUCUUGUCAUGUCUUUUCCUCAAAUGUACUUGGCUUUUGUUGCUCUAUUUUAGUACCAUUAAAAACAGAGCUUUACUUUCGUUACACAAAAACAAACAAACGUUUGCCCAAAAUAGUGCUUAUAAAAACUAGGGAGGUGCUUUAAACGGACGAUAGCCUUUUUGAAGGUUGCGCCAGUCAGUGUUACAAGUUUCAGUUACUCGUGAAAAAACUGAAUCCUCCCAAAUAGCAAGAGUGGAAAAGAAAGCGAUUCAACAAAUGUCUUGCUUUGCGCUGCCUUAAAAUAUGCAGGGAAGGCGAGAUUGGUGCGCAUUCUCUCAUUGAAGAACGCCAAAACAUAGUAAAAUGUUUCUUUUGCACGUAUUUUCUACCUUCCAAUUUAUUUAAGCACGUAUCAUUGAAAAAGGAUGAACAGCUUCCUUCCUUUCCUAGCAAUGCCGUAUAUCAUCCCCGAAUAUUAAUCUUGACAUUUGCGCUGCAGAUUUUUCCAGAAGAACCGAAUAUCUCAACUAACAGAAAAAGAUUUUACAAAUCUCCAUCAUCUAGAAUACAUGUAAGUAUGAAAAGUAUCUUUUAAAAUGUAUCUGUUUUAGUUUGCAAUGAUAUGUGCGUGCUUUUAGAAACCAAACGUUAGUAUAACUGUACUUUUUCUAACCUCGGUUUAAGCGACCUGAGCUACAACAUUCUUCUUCGCCUUGAUGGGGACUCGUUCCAAAACGUCACCUCAAUCAAAACACUGUAAGUAUUGAAUUUCGAAUGUGCAUUUUCUCUCUUGCAAAAACUGGUCAUAAUUUAUAACUAGCCUGGAUGGACAAAAUCGUUAAAGAGUUAAAAUACCCGUUAUACCAUAUUUAGGUGAACAGGAACAACAUUAGCCUGACGUCAAUGGGUCAUUUGAAGAGUUUAGAGUUUCUUACGUGAAAAAAAAACAUGUGCAAAACAAGUAAAGUACUGCGAUCUAUAGAAUACACCUUUUUACCUUGAACGAGAAGUUCAAAGACUACUGCAAAACUGAUUCAGAACAACGUGUAUUGUUUUUUAAACAUAACAAUAUUUCGCCUGGCCAUACCAGCCUUCUUCAGGUUUACAGAUGUUACUGAACUUCCGUAGGAAUCACAAUAUCAUAUAGAUGGAGAAUGUCGCAAUAAAAAUUGUUUGAAAGGGAGAGGCGGAAAUGACGUACAACACAAAAACUGGAAAGGAAAAGUACUAAGGAUAUGAAUUACGAUAAUUCGUCACGGCGGUUUAGGCCAUGAGGUUCAAGAGUCAUGGCUUUAUCUAUCAAAUGCGACUCCCUGGCCUUACGAACUGAGUCACGUGAAGAAUGUAUGAUUUGUUUUCCCAAUUCAGACCACGUGAUGUUCUCCAGGGAAUUUGCCUCUUGUCUUGUCAUUAAUUAUGCAUACAUAGGCACGUGGAUGCACGUGUAUAAGACGACAUUUGAAAAAAAAAAACAGUUCUCUGGGGUACAAGCUAAAAAAGUCUAUUCUUCUUAAGCGACAGGAUAAUUAUUUGUAUUGGGCUUAACGAAUUUAUGAUUUGAUCAUGUAUCAUGUCGUACACUAACACGUUGCGGCAAUCCUGGACAAAACUAUUUGAGAAAAUGUUUUCAUUAAUGUGCACUACCUAACGCAACAAAACUACUUCUAAAUCAACGGCUUUGCGUAAAGAAAACCCCCUCCCCCAGUUCAAAGUUGCUUCCUACAAAUGCUUAGGGAUCCGGCUUUCUUUUGAAGACCCAACAACACUGCUUCCAGGGGGAGAGGGGGAGGGAAGAAUGGGUCGGCUACGAAGUUUAGAAAAAAUGACCCCCAAGAAGGCAAUUUUCUCAACAGUUUUGUCCAAGAUUGUAUAUAAGGUGAUUCGCGUUUUUUAGCAAGAAUAUUAACACGGACAAAACGGAAACCUACCAAUAAAAAGCACUUUACAGAAGCUCCUUUAAGCACAAAGUUUCACGGCACACCAUCUUCUCAUAGAAAAGUACCACCUCAUACACGUUUUUGGCUGUACCCUCUUAAAACAGUAAGAUUUUGCGAUAGCCGUAGAACGCGUGCUCAUUGUUACAUGUUUUCGUGUUGUUCAAACCUGGCAGGCUUGGAAAGUGUGGAAAGUGAUUUAUAGUUUUCAGAAGAGUCAGGAAAAGACUUGGAUGACGGUUUUCUUAGAAGAAAAGAAGUUCGUAGUGUUUAUUUAGUGACGUAUAGUGAAGCCAAUAUGGAAACGUAUCCCGUCACGUGGAAACUGCUUCUCAGAUCCUAAAAUUCGCUAAACUAUGAAGGUUACAGAAACCUCGUUUGCUACAAAUCGGUUAACUUUUUAUAAUAAUUCCAUGGAUAGAAUAAUGUUACGAUUAACAAAGCAUUGAAACGGUUAACACCAUUUCGUUUUUAAAAGUAAAUGACCUUCUGAUUCUUUUCAAACGUCCUUGUUAAUCGUUGUUAACCGUUGCGAAUCUUGGUAGCACCCUAAAAAUGUCCUGUUAAUCGUUCCGAAUCUUAGAUAUUGUGGAGAGAAAGAGAUUAGAAGACAACUAUGGCAAUUUUACUAUCUCUUGCUUUACAAAUGAUGAAUUUAUCUCAUAAUUUCUUCCAGUCAUAUGUAAGCUAUAAAUAGCCCGAGGGCAAAACAUGCACUCUUACAGGUCACACGAUAGUACAUCUUGUCACGUUACCGCGCGUGACAUUUCUAGAUUUCAUAGUGCGAUUUUUUGCACUGCACAUCGCUACAGUGUCAAAAGUAAGCUUUCAAAUUUGGAAAGUAAAAAUACAAGUUUUGUUAAUAUUUCAUCCUCUCUCCAUUUGAUGCUGUUAUUUAAUGGCAAGCGCUUGUUCACUGACUUUGAUUGUUUUAUCUAUUUCGCCGAUGGGAAAAUUGUUCAAAGUAUGGGUCACGCGCUCUGAAAUGUCAGCAAAAGUUUCAUGUGUUAUUUGUUGGUCGAAUCGUAGCAGGUGAAAUUCCCGUUUUCUGGCUAAUCUCCUUGACGGAGACGUCCUUCUCGUCCGCCAAAACCGUAAUGUAUGCCUGCUCCGCUGCACUCAAAGCGCGCGUAAAAACCCUGCGUGGAAAAUGAAAUUCACAGACGUUCACGAUUGGUUACUUGAAUCAAGAAAGACAUCCAAGUUGAUUUUCUUGUCAUCGCCUCCUCUGUUGUCACUUAUUUUCCAUUAAUUAUCUACUUUUCUGUGAAAUGUACGAAAAAAAUAAAGAACAGAUUUAUGUGCCCGCAUUAAAUGCUCAAAAUCGACUUUUCCAGUCAAGGUGAUAAGGUGAUUCGCGUUUUUUAGCAAGAAUAUUAACACGGACAAAACGGAAACCUACCAAUAAAAAGCACUUUACAGAAGCUCCUUUAAGCACAAAGUUUCACGGCACACCAUCUUCUCAUAGAAAAGUACCACCUCAUACACGUUUUUGGCUGUACCCUCUUAAAACAGUAAGAUUUUGCGAUAGCCGUAGAACGCGUGCUCAUUGUUACAUGUUUUCGUGUUGUUCAAACCUGGCAGGCUUGGAAAGUGUGGAAAGUGAUUUAUAGUUUUCAGAAGAGUCAGGAAAAGACUUGGAUGACGGUUUUCUUAGAAGAAAAGAAGUUCGUAGUGUUUAUUUAGUGACGUAUAGUGAAGCCAAUAUGGAAACGUAUCCCGUCACGUGGAAACUGCUUCUCAGAUCCUAAAAUUCGCUAAACUAUGAAGGUUACAGAAACCUCGUUUGCUACAAAUCGGUUAACUUUUUAUAAUAAUUCCAUGGAUAGAAUAAUGUUACGAUUAACAAAGCAUUGAAACGGUUAACACCAUUUCGUUUUUAAAAAAAAUGACCUUCUGAUUCUUUUCAAACGUCCUUGUUAAUCGUUGUUAACCGUUGCGAAUCUUGGUAGCACCCUAAAAAUGUCCUGUUAAUCGUUCCGAAUCUUAGAUAUUGUGGAGAGAAAGAGAUUAGAAGACAACUAUGGCAAUUUUUACUAUCUCUUGCUUUACAAAUGAUGAAUUUAUCUCAUAAUUUCUUCCAGUCAUAUGUAAGCUAUAAAUAGCCCGAGGGCAAAACAUGCACUCUUACAGGUCACACGAUAGUACAUCUUGUCACGUUACCGCGCGUGACAUUUCUAGAUUUCAUAGUGCGAUUUUUUGCUGCACAUCGCUACAGUGUCAAAAGUAAGCUUUCAAAUUUGGAAAGUAAAAAUACAAGUUUUGUUAAUAUUUCAUCCUCUCUCCAUUUGAUGCUGUUAUUUAAUGGCAAGCGCUUGUUCACUGACUUUGAUUGUUUUAUCUAUUUCGCCGAUGGGAAAAUUGUUCAAAGUAUGGGUCACGCGCUCUGAAAUGUCAGCAAAAGUUUCAUGUGUUAUUUGUUGGUCGAAUCGUAGCAGGUGAAAUUCCCGUUUUCUGGCUAAUCUCCUUGACGGAGACGUCCUUCUCGUCCGCCAAAACCGUAAUGUAUGCCUGCUCCGCUGCACUCAAAGCGCGCGUAAAAACCCUGCGUGGAAAAUGAAAUUCACAGACGUUCACGAUUGGUUACUUGAAUCAAGAAAGACAUCCAAGUUGAUUUUCUUGUCAUCGCCUCCUCUGUUAUCACUUAUUUUCCAUUAAUUAUCUACUUUUCUGUGAAAUGUACGAAAAAAAUAAAGAACAGAUUUAUGUGCCCGCAUUAAAUGCUCAAAAUCGACUUUUCCAGUCAAAUACAAUCCUGGACAAAACUACUUGAGAAAAUGUUUUCAUUAAUGUGCACUACCUAACGCAACAAAACUACUUCUAAAUCAACGGCUUUGCGUAAAGAAAACCCCCUCCCCCAGUUCAAAGUUGCUUCCUACAAAUGCUUAGGGAUCCGGCUUUCUUUUGAAGACCCAACAACACUGCUUCCAGGGGGAGAGGGGGAGGGAAGAAUGGGUCGGCUACGAAGUUUAGAAAAAAUGACCCCCAAGAAGGCAAUUUUCUCAACAGUUUUGUCCAAGAUUGUAUAUAAGGUGAUUCGCGUUUUUUAGCAAGAAUAUUAACACGGACAAAACGGAAACCUACCAAUAAAAAGCACUUUACAGAAGCUCCUUUAAGCACAAAGUUUCACGGCACACCAUCUUCUCAUAGAAAAGUACCACCUCAUACACGUUUUUGGCUGUACCCUCUUAAAACAGUAAGAUUUUGCGAUAGCCGUAGAACGCGUGCUCAUUGUUACAUGUUUUCGUGUUGUUCAAACCUGGCAGGCUUGGAAAGUGUGGAAAGUGAUUUAUAGUUUUCAGAAGAGUCAGGAAAAGACUUGGAUGACGGUUUUCUUAGAAGAAAAGAAGUUCGUAGUGUUUAUUUAGUGACGUAUAGUGAAGCCAAUAUGGAAACGUAUCCCGUCACGUGGAAACUGCUUCUCAGAUCCUAAAAUUCGCUAAACUAUGAAGGUUACAGAAACCUCGUUUGCUACAAAUCGGUUAACUUUUUAUAAUAAUUCCAUGGAUAGAAUAAUGUUACGAUUAACAAAGCAUUGAAACGGUUAACACCAUUUCGUUUUUAAAAGUAAAUGACCUUCUGAUUCUUUUCAAACGUCCUUGUUAAUCGUUGUUAACCGUUGCGAAUCUUGGUAGCACCCUAAAAAUGUCCUGUUAAUCGUUCCGAAUCUUAGAUAUUGUGGAGAGAAAGAGAUUAGAAGACAACUAUGGCAAUUUUUACUAUCUCUUGCUUUACAAAUGAUGAAUUUAUCUCAUAAUUUCUUCCAGUCAUAUGUAAGCUAUAAAUAGCCCGAGGGCAAAACAUGCACUCUUACAGGUCACACGAUAGUACAUCUUGUCACGUUACCGCGCGUGACAUUUCUAGAUUUCAUAGUGCGAUUUUUUGCACUGCACAUCGCUACAGUGUCAAAAGUAAGCUUUCAAAUUUGGAAAGUAAAAAUACAAGUUUUGUUAAUAUUUCAUCCUCUCUCCAUUUGAUGCUGUUAUUUAAUGGCAAGCGCUUGUUCACUGACUUUGAUUGUUUUAUCUAUUUCGCCGAUGGGAAAAUUGUUCAAAGUAUGGGUCACGCGCUCUGAAAUGUCAGCAAAAGUUUCAUGUGUUAUUUGUUGGUCGAAUCGUAGCAGGUGAAAUUCCCGUUUUCUGGCUAAUCUCCUUGACGGAGACGUCCUUCUCGUCCGCCAAAACCGUAAUGUAUGCCUGCUCCGCUGCACUCAAAGCGCGCGUAAAAACCCUGCGUGGAAAAUGAAAUUCACAGACGUUCACGAUUGGUUACUUGAAUCAAGAAAGACAUCCAAGUUGAUUUUCUUGUCAUCGCCUCCUCUGUUAUCACUUAUUUUCCAUUAAUUAUCUACUUUUCUGUGAAAUGUACGAAAAAAAUAAAGAACAGAUUUAUGUGCCCGCAUUAAAUGCUCAAAAUCGACUUUUCCAGUCAAAUACAAUCCUGGACAAAACUACUUGAGAAAAUGUUUUCAUUAAUGUGCACUACCUAACGCAACAAAACUACUUCUAAAUCAACGGCUUUGCGUAAAAAAACCCCUCCCCAGUUCAAAGUUGCUUCCUACAAAUGCUUAGGGAUCCGGCUUUCUUUUUGAAGACCCAACAACACUGCUUCCAGGGGAGAGGGGGAGGGAAGAAUGGGUCGGCUACGAAGUUUAGAAAAAAUGACCCCCAAGAAGGCAAUUUUCUCAACAGUUUUGUCCAAGAUUGUAUAUAAGGUGAUUCGCGUUUUUUAGCAAGAAUAUUAACACGGACAAAACGGAAACCUACCAAUAAAAAGCACUUUACAGAAGCUCCUUUAAGCACAAAGUUUCACGGCACACCAUCUUCUCAUAGAAAAGUACCACCUCAUACACGUUUUUUUGGCUGUACCCUCUUAAAACAGUAAGAUUUUGCGAUAGCCGUAGAACGCGUGCUCAUUGUUACAUGUUUUCGUGUUGUUCAAACCUGGCAGGCUUGGAAAGUGUGGAAAGUGAUUUAUAGUUUUCAGAAGAGUCAGGAAAAGACUUGGAUGACGGUUUUCUUAGAAGAAAAGAAGUUCGUAGUGUUUAUUUAGUGACGUAUAGUGAAGCCAAUAUGGAAACGUAUCCCGUCACGUGGAAACUGCUUCUCAGAUCCUAAAAUUCGCUAAACUAUGAAGGUUACAGAAACCUCGUUUGCUACAAAUCGGUUAACUUUUUAUAAUAAUUCCAUGGAUAGAAUAAUGUUACGAUUAACAAAGCAUUGAAACGGUUAACACCAUUUCGUUUUUAAAAGUAAAUGACCUUCUGAUUCUUUUCAAACGUCCUUGUUAAUCGUUGUUAACCGUUGCGAAUCUUGGUAGCACCCUAAAAAUGUCCUGUUAAUCGUUCCGAAUCUUAGAUAUUGUGGAGAGAAAGAGAUUAGAAGACAACUAUGGCAAUUUUUACUAUCUCUUGCUUUACAAAUGAUGAAUUUAUCUCAUAAUUUCUUCCAGUCAUAUGUAAGCUAUAAAUAGCCCGAGGGCAAAACAUGCACUCUUACAGGUCACACGAUAGUACAUCUUGUCACGUUACCGCGCGUGACAUUUCUAGAUUUCAUAGUGCGAUUUUUUGCACUGCACAUCGCUACAGUGUCAAAAGUAAGCUUUCAAAUUUGGAAAGUAAAAAUACAAGUUUUGUUAAUAUUUCAUCCUCUCUCCAUUUGAUGCUGUUAUUUAAUGGCAAGCGCUUGUUCACUGACUUUGAUUGUUUUAUCUAUUUCGCCGAUGGGAAAAUUGUUCAAAGUAUGGGUCACGCGCUCUGAAAUGUCAGCAAAAGUUUCAUGUGUUAUUUGUUGGUCGAAUCGUAGCAGGUGAAAUUCCCGUUUUCUGGCUAAUCUCCUUGACGGAGACGUCCUUCUCGUCCGCCAAAACCGUAAUGUAUGCCUGCUCCGCUGCACUCAAAGCGCGCGUAAAAACCCUGCGUGGAAAAUGAAAUUCACAGACGUUCACGAUUGGUUACUUGAAUCAAGAAAGACAUCCAAGUUGAUUUUCUUGUCAUCGCCUCCUCUGUUAUCACUUAUUUUCCAUUAAUUAUCUACUUUUCUGUGAAAUGUACGAAAAAAUAAAGAACAGAUUUAUGUGCCCGCAUUAAAUGCUCAAAAUCGACUUUUCCAGUCAAAUACAAUCCUGGACAAAACUACUUGAGAAAAUGUUUUCAUUAAUGUGCACUACCUAACGCAACAAAACUACUUCUAAAUCAACGGCUUUGCGUAAAGAAAACCCCCUCCCCCAGUUCAAAGUUGCUUCCUACAAAUGCUUAGGGAUCCGGCUUUCUUUUGAAGACCCAACAACACUGCUUCCAGGGGGAGAGGGGGAGGGAAGAAUGGGUCGGCUACGAAGUUUAGAAAAAAUGACCCCCAAGAAGGCAAUUUUCUCAACAGUUUUGUCCAAGAUUGGAACUGGUCAUAAUUUAUAACUAGCCUGGAUGGACAAAAUCGUUAAAGAGUUAAAAUACCCGUUAUACCAUAUUUAGGUGAACAGGAACAACAUUAGCCUGACGUCAAUGGGUCAUUUGAAGAGUUUAGAGUUUCUUACGCGAAAAAAAAACAUGUGCAAAACAAGUAAAGUACUGCGAUCUAUAGAAUACACCUUUUUACCUUGAACGAGAAGUCCAAAGACUACUGCAAAACUGAUUCAGAACAACGUGUAUUGUUUUUUAAACAUAACAAUAUUUCGCCUGGCCAUACCAGCCUUCUUCAGGUUUACAGAUGUUACUGAACUUCCGUAGGAAUCACAAUAUCAUAUAGAUGGAGAAUGUCGCAAUAAAAAUUGUUUGAAAGGGAGAGGCGGAAAUGACGUACAACACAAAAACUGGAAAGGAAAAGUACUAAGGAUAUGAAUUACGAUAAUUCGUCACGGCGGUUUAGGCCAUGAGGCUCAAGAGUCAUGGCUUUAUCUAUCAAAUGCGACUCCCUGGCCUUACGAACUGAGUCACGUGAAGAAUGUAUGAUUUGUUUUCCCAAUUCAGACCACGUGAUGUUCUCCAGGGAAUUUGCCUCUUGUCUUGUCAUUAAUUAUGCAUACAUAGGCACGUGGAUGCACGUGUAUAAGACGACAUUUGAAAAAAAAAACAGUUCUCUGGGGUACAAGCUAAAAAAGUCUAUUCUUCUUAAGCGACAGGAUAAUUAUUUGUAUUGGGCUUAACGAAUUUAUGAUUUGAUCAUGUAUCAUGUCGUACACUAACACGUUGCGGUGUCGAAAUUAAAACACUCUGUGGAGCUGGGCAUAAGCUAAACAUAUCUCUCAUAAUGUCAUUACAUUAUUUUUUUCAGAAGACUGAAUUCCAACUUUUUACGAUCUCUUCCUGCCAAAGGAUUCGCUAGAAUUCCUAGUAUACGUGUUCUGUAAGUAUAGAACGAGUUUUGGCAGUCUCAUCUUUCGUUUGUUCUUACCUUGCUGCCGUUACAGAUCAGUGACGUGUACAACAACGGUAUUGAAAAAAACCGGUCAACACUGGUUGAAGAACAAAAUAGGACAGGAUGACAGGAUAUCUAAAAGUCUAUUACUACUACUCUAAGAUCGCGCUCAGUUUGCUUUACCUUGUCGAAUACUAUAAAGGGCUGAUGACGGUGUUUUUUCUGGCAUGAGUAUGAUAAUCACAUCCGUCUCAAAUAAUAUUUUUAUCCCUUUUUUGUAGUGACUUAGGAAGGAACCUCCUUCGCAAAACAAUGAAAGAAACAUUUUAUGGCCUGUCAAGCUUAGAGAUUCUGUAAGUACAAAGAUAAUUGAGUAAUGAUCAUUUCUUUAUCAUAGGCUUGAUUCUACCAACUUUGUUUGUAUUGUAGAAGCUUGCGUUCGAACCAAAUAGAGAUGAUGGAAUAUGGUGUAUUUACCAACAAGAGUAACUUGACACAUUUGUAAGUAUAUUAACAAAUAUUGAUUUUCAACUCCUGGGUACAGCUCCCAAUAUUUAAGCUAUAUCAGUACGUGCUGCGGGAUGAGGCAUACAGUUUACGAGGAGCUUAGUCCGUAAAUCGGGUUCACAAUACAAAUACAAUACAAUAACUUUAUUUAAAGAGGAAAGCGCAAUAACCUAUUACAGUUUUCUAACCUACGGUUCCUUGGUGGUAUCGCGUUCCUUUAAUGGCUACUUGAUUAUUGACAUUUCUUUCGUUCAACUAGGUAUCUUCAAGAAAACAAGAUAACAACAUUGCCUGACGGCCUGUUUGAGUCCCUUUCUAAGCUUAAGUUAUUGUGAGUAUAUGAAUUUGCAUAUAAUGUAUGGCUGUGUUAUGUCGAGCUCUUGAUGACUCUUCCCUAAGGAAACAGUAGGUUUUGUUUCCAGAGAAUCUCUAUGUUACCCGCGACAAAAAAGUGAAGAGGUGAAAAUAGCUUUGCCUAAUAGGUAUAGCUUUGCAGAAUCUAUUAAUCAAAGGUGCAAUGCUUAAAACUGAGCGUUUUCUAACUGCAAAGAAAGCACCACCUGCAUCAUAACGAAGUUCUUGACAUGAAAAACAUCGAUCUGGAAGCAGGGCUACCUUGCCUCCAAAUUAUGUAAUCACUUCAUUGUUUACUUAUUUGACUUCUUACUAGGGAUCUUAGCAACAACCAGCUGACUACAGUCUCAAGGAAAACCUUCCGUGGAUUAAUAUCGUUAGAAUACCUGUAAGUAUUGCAGAGGUUUUACUUAUUGCCGAAAGACAUUUCUGACAGUCGCUUUGGCUUUGCAUUCCAGUGUCUUCGAAAAACGAGCGUCUCUAAUUUUAGUAAAUUGGUGUAAAAUCAUCUGAACACAGUUACUGAACAAAAGUAGUAUCUUGCGAUCGUUAUCACUGUAGACACGUAACAUUUAUGUCGGCAUUUUUAAUACUGUUUUUGUGUUGAAUUGUACGUUCUGAACAGGCUUUUUUGUAAAAUUCCGAUUUUUCCUUUGCAGUUACCUGGACAAAAAUAAACUGACAGAAGUAUCACCUGAGGCGUUUAGUGAACUACGUAACAUGAAAUAUUUGUAAGUAAUUUAUGUAGUUAUCCAAUGCUUAUACCUUUUGUUGAACGCGUUCAUCAAGAUACCGAGGAAGACUUGAUUUAAUUUUUCACACAGGAAACUGGACCGUUUUAUCCUUUGCUGCUACGCUAAAAAAUCCAUCAGUGGAGUGGACUGCGACUCCCCAGUGGAUGAAUUUUCCAGUUGCGAUGACCUCAUGAAGAACAACACGCUUCAGAUUUGUAUCUGGAUUCUUGGUAUUCUAGCCUUUGUCGGUAACCUUCUUGUGAUCAUAUGGCGCGCAAUUGAUAAAGAGGAAAACAGAACACACUCCUUCUUGUUGACAAAUCUGGCAUUUGCAGAUCUUUUUAUGGGUGUAUAUAUGUUGACAAUAGCCGUGAUGGACUUAAGAUGGCGGGGAGAGUAUUUCAAGCAUGAUGUCAAAUGGAGAUCUGGAUUGGGUUGUCAAAUCACUGGAGCUCUUUCCAUGCUUUCAAGCGAAGUGUCCGUUCUAAUUCUAACCAUCAUUACUCUUGACAGACUAGUUUGCAUCGUCUUCCCUUUUAAAUUCAAGCGUCUCACUUAUAAGGCAGCCGUUUUAAUUUGCAUCGGCGUGUGGGUGUUCGGUUUCGUUAUCUCACUGAUUCCGAUCAGCGGUAUAAACUACUUCAUCGACGAGAACGGCAACUUCGGUUUCUAUAGCCGCUCAGCCGUUUGCCUUCCAUUGCAGCUAUCUGCAGCAAGACCAGCUGGAUGGGAAUACUCAGUUGUUUUCUUCGUUGGUUUAAACUCUAUAUCUUUCAUUUUCAUCCUGAUUGCAUACAUCUCAAUGUUCUGGACCGUUAAACGCGUUUCCCGUGCUGUGCGAUCCUCGAAUCUGAAGAAGGAAUCAGCCAUGGCCAAGCGACUAGUCUUCAUAAUAAUGACCGACUUCUGUUGUUGGAUGCCAAUUAUUAUUAUCAAUAUUCUAUCUCUAACUGGGAACUUUUAUGAUCCCAAUAAGAUUGCUUAUGUGUGGAUUGCCGUGUUUGUGCUUCCACUCAACUCUUCUCUUAAUCCAAUCCUGUACACAUUUUCCACCAAAAGGGCAAGGAGGAGCCUUAACCGACGGCGAAAAAACGUGAUUAAUUUGGUUCUUAAAUCAGUUCAAAACAGGCGUUUACAAGGUAUGUGGAACACGGUUUAGCUUAUGAAUUUAAACUUUGAAGUGCUGUCUCUUUGGUGCAAAGUUUCUAAGAGGUACUAAGUCAGACUCGUACACAUUGGCUAUUUACUUGUUUUGGGGUGAGAGAAGAUUGGGGUUACGUUGAGGUGCGCGGAGACUCGUGGGACCCCGUGUGCCUCAACCUAACGCCAACCUUCUCUCACCCCACCCCCCCCCCCCAAAAAAACAAACAAACAAAACACGUAAACAGCCACUGGCUUCGAGCUACGAGUCUGGUACUAAGGGGCAAUGGGUGUGUAGCGGCACCGAUGCAAUGACUCCUAUGUAAGAAAAACCUUUCCCGGCGAUUUAUACCGCAGAGAACGGUGAAAUAGAUAGGAAGUGCGUUCAUGAUAAUUUUGGACGAAUCAAUUGCACAUACAAAUGUUUGUGUUAGUAAUAUCCAACUAUGCUUAAGGGUUUAGCCUUGUUACCAGAGCAGUUCCGGCAAUACAUGUUCAUAUUGUGAAAGGUUUUUCGUACAGUUUUGUUCUUAGGUAGGAAACAGACAACUGAUUGGUUGAAAACAUAUGAUGACCUCUCUCUAGUUUCCAAUGUCGUCAAUGGUUCCAGUCCCCUUUCGUUACCAAGGGCAGGCGAAGUCUUGGAACGAAACUGUAAGCAAGUACACGCAAAAUUGAGGCUGAUUGAAGAAGUUGAUAUCCUGCAAGACGACACCGAGGGAAAAAGCUCAACAGUAAGUUUGUAGAGAAGAAUGUUUCUGCGGAUAACGCAUAGUCUUGUCCAAAUUUCCCUGAUACCCGAGUUAAUUUGUUCACCAGGAUGGCACGUAACAAGUUUAUGGCCCCAUAGCCCACUAAAUAAUGGAGCUUCACUGAUAAUAAAAAUUACUAUGUUCAAAUGUUUUGGUGUUUUGGCCUUCAACCCGUAUCUACUUACAUCCGUCCAUUCGUCCGAACAGCCAUUCACAUCUCAGUUCUCUUCUUCAUCAUCUCUUCAUCGUCUCUUCUUCUUCAUGGUUUGAACCUCCAAUUUUAAUGAGGAUACAUGUAAAGAGGGUUUUCACUCACGUGGUCAGCGGCUAUGCAAAUUAAUUGGAACAAAAGAAAGCUUUACUUUUUACAUAAACAAAAGGUUCAACUCCCAGAGGAUUGGUUUCGAACACCAACAUGGCCGCCGUUUUAUUAUUUUCGAACACCAAUACGGCGAUCAUGUGAAAAGAUUCUAUAAAUUAAUAAUUUCGCCGAAAGAUAAUCGUAAGCCUGUAGGAGACUAGUAAUUGAUAACUGAUUGAAAUUCAGAAUGGAACUCAACUCCAGAAAAAUUUGCCCAUAUUAUACCCUGGCUGUGGCCGCCAUGAUUGCUUAAGUUUCUCAUAAAAUUAAAGAAACGAUACCGUAGUCUUGCUUCCAACGUCUUCUGUAAUUUCAGGGCUUUGCUCUCGCCUGGUGUGAAGAGGAAAGUACGUUAAGUAUGGUGUUGUUGAAGUACUUUGCUAAAGAAUCUAAAGAAGACUGGCCUCGCGAGGUUGAUAUUGCUAAGAGCCUGUCUUUUUGCGAUCAACCGCAUGCCAGUCUACUUCGAUACCGUUGGCACUCCAAAGGUGAGAAAACUGAAAAGAAGAUGUAGUUUUCUGCUUAUCUGCCAUCGCUCGCAUUUAAUUAUACUUUCGAAUAUGACGUUUCUUGCGUUGCGAAUAGUCCGAGAAACUCCGGCCCCCCGACCCCCAGGACUUAGUGGGGAAUCUAAAAUUGAUUUCCCCGCUCUUCGGGGCGAGAGGUUAGUUAAAAGCCACGCAUAGCGGGGCAUUAGUAGAUUAAUCAUAGGCUCGAUGAACCACUCUCUUCGGUAGGGUCUUGUUCCUCUCAGAGAAUGGGCUCUUUUCCCGAAAAACGGCUGGUAAUCGAGCCUAUAGCAGUUCAGAACCGGUCACAGCAAAACUCGAUUCUAAAAAAGUCAAGCAUAUACUUUUAACUAUAUACCAAGCAACUGCAGGGAAAUGUUACUUCUACUUUCCAAUUCCAUCACAUCGUACGCACAUCAGACGACUCAAGAUCUAGAUCGACUCAAUUCUGUAUUUAUUUCAAUUCAGACCAACAAGUUUAAUAGAAACUCUCCACUGCGUUCCUUCAAAUUCAUUAAAAAUAUUACUUCACGGGUGCCAGAGGAUUUUUUUUCGAUUGACUGAUGCAUAAACAAAGACCAAAAUUUUCUCGAGGUCCGGGAAUGCAUGAUACAGUUCGUUCAUUAUAUUACCUCUAAGCCUCGCCUGGAGGUAAGUAUGAACUUUAAUAUACCAAUUUACGGGAUAGGGUAACAAGAAAUCUUUGAAACCGUGUAUUACAUCUCCUGUUUAAUAAUAACUAUAAAGGUAUUUUGCCAUAAAAAGGAUCCCUUCGUUUUAACUAAUUUGUAUAAAUGUCGCAAGCAAAAAAAAGUUAUUCAAAAAUAAUACAACGAAUUGUGCGCAUUUACACAAUUAAAAAUCAAACUGGGUUGUAGUUGUCCCUUGCAGUCACGUGGUUUGCAAUUUGCUGUUGCUUCACUUAAUUUAUUAAUAGUUUAUUUUUCUUGUUGUCAGCUCGUGAUCAAAGCAUUGAGCAUGGUAAAAGGAAGAUAAAUGCAUUAUGCCCCAGAAGUCUGUAAGUUUCAUUUUCAUUCUCUUUCACUGUACCUUCAACAGUUUUCCUGUUAUUGACUAUGACUGCAGCGUGGCCGAGUGGUCAGCGCGUCGGACUCGCAAUCCCACGGUCCCGGGUUAGAGUCACGCUCUGGCCACUUGCUGGAUUUGUUCUCGGUCGUCCCGUGUUGAAAUCCUCGGCCACGCUUAUAAAUAGCCAACUGGGUGCUUCCUGCCAGUUGGGGUUCUUAAUCCUGUUAUGUUGUAUUUGAAUUAUUUUGUCUGCAGGUCUAAUGGCCAAAAGCAGGAUGGGCUCCUGCCAAAAGGCCAUUCCCGGGUUGCCCAAAGCCUCUGCUUUAAGGCGAGGCUAAUUGCAAGGCUUAUGCAAAUAAAACUCAUUUUCACAAGAACGUUUUUGUACUUAGCCUCGUUUUGAAAAUCGGAAAUGGUUUUCCCCUGACCAUACUAACAGUCCCAGAAGUAUUACUGUAAAAUUCCGAAAAUAAGCUCCGGGGCUUAUAUUUUUCAAAGGCCCUUUUUGAGGGGCUUAUUUUAGGAGGACCUAUUAUUCGGAGAGGCUUCUCUACGGAGGGAAAUUUGCGUUUCAAACUCGAUUGGGCUAGUCUUUUAGUUAGAAAUAAAUUUACCGUUUUUGCUUUGUUUUACUUUGUAUUUGAGGGCAAUUUUCCAAGUACAAGCCCCAAGAGGCUUAUACAUGGAGGGGCUUAUUUUCGGAAUUUUACAGUAUUUGAAAGAAGAUCAUCGCACUUAUAGACGCAUCGUUUGCAGUUGUCAAAAGAAAGCCUGAAAAAAAUUCAGGCUUGUAAGGGAUUCGAACCUUUGACCUCCGCGAUACCGGUGCAGCGUUCUUAGCAAUUGAGGUAAUAAGCCAUGAAAGAAGAUCAUCGAAGUUAUAGACGCAACUUUUGCAGUUGCGUAAAGAAAGCGUGAAAAAAAUUCAAGCUGGUACGGGAUUUCUUUUUGCAACCGCAAAAGUUGCGUCUAUAACUGCGAUGAUCUUCUUUCAAAUAUUUCUUUCUCCCGCAGUUCUCAUAUAUGAUUUUCAUUUAUUUAUUUAUUCAUUUAUUCAGUCCCAGAAGUCUUUGCGAAAGUUUACUCGGUCCAGUUCCCUUCUCGUCUCUUUAGCUUGAUGGUUUGUUUUCCCAAAGUAGGUCAUGUGAUAAUACUCUUGAGAACUGUUUCUUUUAAAUUUAGUAUUAUUCCCGCGGAUACGUACGCAUAAUUUAUGACAAAAGAAAUGAAAAAAUUACCCCGAGACCUUCAUUGGGCAAACAGAACAACAAGCUAACUAACGAGGUCUAUUUUUGUUUCAUUUCUUUGCUGUCACUUCGACUAGGACAUUUUCUGGUAUAAUAUUUUGCGGACUUAGACGCAAGAUAUCCAAUUAGUCUUUCACUUCUUGAGCUUGGAUACGGUCUUAACAAUUCAAGGACUUCAAGAAUUAACAGCUGUUUGAUCCUAACGGAAAAGAAGGGAAGGAAAACGAAAAAUAUAGAUAAAGGGUUCCAUCAAGGUCAUUAAACUGAAAGAAAUACCGAGCUGAAGGCGUAAUCAGUUAGUCGAGAAAGGGAGCGAAGUAAACUAACGCCAAGUUGUGAAGGUGGUUACUCAUUGUUGAUUAUUUAUUCCCAAACUCAUUAAUAAUUCAUAAAGAAAAUACAAAGGAAAUUAAUGUUUAAUGAGUGUUUGGAAAUACGAUGAAAAACAGCUCAUUUUUGCAUCCUUAAUUUCUCCUUCGAAAAUCACUUUGUUUGAGAAGUAAUAUCAAAUAUUUCACACAGUUUUUCAUCACCAGAUGAAAUACCUCGAAAUUCGUCAAAAAUACUCCGCUGCGCGUCUUAUUUUCAACUCUCUUCUCGGUGUUCCAUUUGGUGAUGAAACACUGCGUCUCAUGCUUGAUAUAUUGCUUCUUAUUACUUUUUUAAGACUUAUUUGCUACGAGUUUGUGUCCAGUUCCACGUUGGAAGAUUUUCUUUGCGAUAAAGGUACAGUUCUCAAUUUUGACGGCGUCUGCACGGUAGCGACUGACGUGAUCAGCGCGAUUGAGCGACUGGAGGAUCUUGGGAUACUUCAUAACAACAUCUCCACAAGAAACAUAUUGAUUGUUCCUUGUACGAGAGUAAGUAAACCAAUGUGCCGUCUGUAGUAAAACUUCCCGUAUAUUUCCUACUAGAGGAGCCGAGUAAAACACGGAAUUCAACCACUGUGAGGUGAAAAGACAAAAGGGACUUGACACGAUCGUUUAUUCUCAUAUAGCUUGCCUCAAAGAUUCCUCCGGGUUUUUUUAUUUUGUUUUUGUUUUUUGUUUUUUCGAUUUUCGAUAGACUUGGUUCCCUUACUCUUCAUGAAACUGAAUUUUGCUAUGGUUGUUUUCAGUUUUAUUUCCAUGCUUGUAAAUUUAUCAAAACGACGCGACAAAUGAGUUGUAUUCAGAAUGGGAAAUGUUAACCUACAAUGCGAAGAAGAAGGAAAUGAUUUAUUUCUCUUCUCCGCUUCCUUUCCACCUACGACCUCUCGCUGCUGUCUCAAACGUUUUGAGUUAAUAAGAAGAAGAUCUCCAGACUGGGCGAUCCAUGAGAGCUUGCGCAUGCGUUAACUUAAAAAGUAUCAUGUAACCUUAUUUAGCGCUAAUUUUUUGUAGCUUCCUCCAAUAAGAGCUGUGUUGGGAGGUUUUUCUCAAGUAUCUAAAGCUAAUGAACCUGGGGCAUAUACAAACAGGACGGUUGAAGAACAUGGUAGUCAUGGUAACGAUCUUGAGCAAUUUGGACAAUUGCUAGCUACAUUGCUAGGACACUGCCACGGUUCUAGUGAAUACACCCAGGUUUGUCCACAAUAGUUACAACCAAGAGUUCUAUUAUGGCUCUUGUUAUUACUCAUUGCAGGGGCUAUUAAGGUCUUACACUAUUCUGUGCUAGAUAAUUGUAUGUUAUCGACAGGGAAGUCCAGGGGUCUGUUUCUAGAAAGUCCUGGUAACUUUUCGGGCCCGAAAAGCUGUUUUGUGUUUGCCGUAGUUGCAUUCAAGAUCAAAGUUUGAAUAAUUUUGAAAAUGAUACAAAGAAAAAAUCAGUUUACGAAUUAGCAAAUUAACCGGUAUGUGAGCUAGGAGCUGUGCUACUAUUCAGCAGGUUUUGAUAAAAAGUUUGUUUUCGGGCCUGAAAAAGUUACCGGCACUUUCGAGGAACGCGCCUCAGGUUUAAGUGCGGACUUUGGUGCAGAUUUUGGUGCAGGUUUCAGUGGAGAUUUCGGUACGUGCAGACUUCAUUUUGGUGCAUGUUUUGGUGCAGGUUUUAGUACAGGUUUUGGUGUAGGUUUUGGUGCAGAAUUUGCUGUAGAUUUUAGAGCAUUUUUCAGUGUAGGUUUUGGUGAAGGGUUUACCACAAGGUUUUAGUGCAGGUUUCGUUGCAGAAUUUGGUGCUGACUUGUUAGUGCAGGUUUUGAUACAGAAUUUGGUGCAGAUUUUGGUUCAGUUUUUGGUGCAGGUUUUGGUGCAGAGCUUGGUGCAGAUGUUGGUUCCGUUUUUGGUGCAGGUUCAAGUUGCUGUAGGUUUUGGUGGAAGUUUUGUUAAGGGUUUGGCGCAGGUUUAGUUCAAGUUUAAGGUACAGGUACAGAUACAAGAUACGUGGGAACUUUGUGAUCCACAAAGCGCCUAAAAAUAUAAUGGCACAUUCGUGUAUUGAUAAUAAAGAGUACAAAAGUACUUUCUCACUUACCACCUACUCCCAGGGUGAGGGAGGCGGGGGGUAACUUGGGUUAAUUUUUGUUGGGUAUCUGCAGCUGGUCUCUCAGAGCCCCUACCCCAUUAUAGUCUAUUCUGUGGCCAAUUAUAGACCUCAUAUUAGUCACUUUUGAGCAAAUGUAAUUUUCGCGAUCCCAACUAAGUCACUUUUAAUCAGUUAUCUACCUUAUCAAUCUUUUAAAUAGGUUAUCCUAAAAUGAAUUCACCCAUUUUUUAGAUUGAAUGAAGAACACUUUACUUUUCACCUACAGCUAACCGCAAAUGUGCAGAGCUUUCUUACCCAAUACCCCUAUUCAAGUAAAUAUAUUGAAAAUGUAACCACAUUAUAGUUAAUCCAGUCGUGAAAAUGCGACCACAUCUAGCGGAACAUCCCCAUUAGCCUCUUAUAAGGAAGUACCCCCCGCCCCCGUAGCUAUUCUAUGUUUUAGAUAAGAGUGACUGCCUGCCUGAGUUAAAUUAAGUGAUAUUAUUUUUCAAGAUUUUCGUUGACGCACCAAACCCUUUUCGCACCUGUAAUCCCAUUCGUAUUUAGCCACCGUUUUUUAUUCAUGAUCACAAGUGAUCAUGAUUACCUGCAAGUUACCCAACAAAUGCAUGUAGUUUAAUAUUAACCUUUGGAUGAAAGAAAUAAAGUUCCUAACAUUGUUUCAACUUUCUUUAACGUUUUUGUUUUAGCUUCAUGAGAUCAUGAACCUGUGUUUCCAGGAAAAUUUAGACGGGAAAAUUCGAGCGUCAUACAUCCGGGAACUGCUGGAAGAAGCUUGGCUUAACUUUGGGGUUUGGGAUACAGCACUCUAA